GCGCUGUUAUACCGGCGAAUGAAAACGAGGCUAUCUACUGCAUGCUCUGAUAACCGGUCAGUCUGUAAGGAAAAUGGCCAUGUUAGCAAGUAAAGUACCUCUAUUUGCACCCUCAGGGGUGCAAGUUCGUAACAUGGCCACACUUAAAGAGAUUGCUGCGCGUCUUAAAUCUGUCAAAAAUAUUCAGAAGAUAACAAAGUCAAUGAAGAUGAUAGCAGCAGCUAGGUAUACAAAGGCAGAAAGAGAGUUGAAACCUGCUAGGCAAUAUGGCUCAGGACCUCAAGAUUUUUAUUCAAAGGCUGAACUUGAAGCAGACGUAAGCAAACCUAACCAUCUUAUCAUUGGUAUGUCAAGUGAUAGGGGGCUCUGCGGGGGUAUACAUAGCAGUGUAUCGAAGGCCAUUAAACGAACGCUUGACGAGAAACCAGAAGGUGUAACAACGAAAGUAAUCACAAUUGGUGAUAAAAUCCGAGGACAACUUUUAAGAGUUCAUGCUGAUAAGCUGAUGAUGGGUUUCUCCGAGGUUGGUAGGAAGUCACCAAAUUUUACUGUAGCUUCAAAUGUGGCAAGCGCCAUCCUUGACAGCGGUUACGAAUUUGAUGUUGGCGAAAUCAUUUACAAUCGCUUUAGGACUGUUAUAUCCUAUGAUACUCUCAGCCAAGCCCUGAUGCCUUUGGAGACUUUAACUUCAUCAGAGAAAAUGAGUAUUUAUGAUGAUGUAGAUGCUGAUAUCCUGCGUAAUUACAAUGAAUUCCUGUUGGCAAAUCUAGUGUAUGUUUGCAUGAUAGAAGGAAACUGCAGUGAGCAGAGCUCCAGAAUGAGUGCUAUGGACUCUGCUACCAAGAAUGCAGGUGACAUGAUUGACAGAUUGACAUUGACCUACAAUCGUUCUCGACAAGCCAUCAUUACUGGUGAACUCAUUGAGAUCAUCUCUGGUGCUGCUGCUAUAUAAAUAUGUAUAAACCAGUAUACACUAGUCAUCCAAGAAGUUUGCUUGUGUUUGAUUUAAAUAGUUAAUAAAUUACAACUUGUUAGUCCUGUUCAAAGAUGAAUAGACAAUUCUUCCAUCUCUAAUGAAGAAUAGAAAUUCUUUUAAGAUGUUUUGCUUGAAUGAUAAAUAUAUAUAAAUUCAUUUUUAUGAACUGAGAAAUAACUCUGUGUGGACACAAAUCUUGUCUGUGCAUGAAAUAGAAAUUCUGAAGGUCCGAAAGAAUCUGCUUUCACAAAUUAACUGCAGGUAGAGUGCAUAGUCAUUUAGAACAAUGACAUUUUUUCCAUAAAUCUAUUUCCUGUUGGAAUUGCAUAAUAAAUCUAAAAAGGAGUGGUAAUCACAAAAGAA